UGUGAGUUAUCAGGGGAGGUUCGCCAUAAUUCUUGCGAGGCCGGGCGAGAUCAUAAGCGAAAGACAAAAAGGCCGAAAGGCAAAUCAUGGUGCCACAUGCCACACCCUAUACAAAAGCUAGCCCUAGAGAGACCAGCAGCAGGAGCAUCCAUCUCGCUUCCACGCAAACGUACACCACAAACCUUAGCUGCUAGCUCCUUCACAUCGAUCGAUGGGUGGUCACGGUGACCACCACCAUCAAGAAGUCGGCGUGCUCGUCGACGACGACGACGAGGAGCUCGAGCAGCAGGCGAGGGCUUGCUGUGGCGCGACGAGUGGUGUGGUGGAGCAAGGAGUAGGGGAUGGCGGUGGUCAGGAAGCUGCCGGCAUGGUGUUCGAAGCGAGCAGUAGCGUGGGGAGCGUGAGUGUGACCAUGGCGCCGUCCCAGAUCCUCUGCUGGCCGCCACCGCUGCCCGCGCCGCCACAGCAGCAACCGCACGGUGCGAUCCACCACCACUACAACAUCGGCGGCGGCCAGGCCCCAUUCUUCCCGCUGCCGCCGCCGCUCCCCCCGCAGCCGCCCCCGCCACCCCCGUUCUUCGCCGACUUCUACGCGCGGCGCGCGCUCCAGUUCGCGUACGAUCACCACUCGGGCGGCGCGUCGCCGUCGUCCGACCCGCUCGGCCUCGGCGGGAUCUACAUGGGGCACCACGGCGGCUCCCCUGUGGCCGGGAUGAUGAUGCCGCCCUUCGCGUCGUCGCCGUUCGGGGACUUCGGCCGGAUGACCGCUCAGGAGAUCAUGGACGCCAAGGCGCUGGCCGCGUCCAAGAGCCACAGCGAGGCCGAGCGCCGCCGCCGCGAGCGCAUCAACGCGCACCUCGCGCGCCUCCGCAGCCUCCUGCCCAACACAACCAAGACGGACAAGGCCUCGCUGCUGGCGGAGGUGAUCCAGCACGUCAAGGAGCUGAAGCGUCAGACGUCCGAGAUCACGGAGGAGGCGUGCCCGCUCCCCACCGAGUCCGACGAGCUCACCGUCGACGCGUCCAGCGACGAGGACGGCCGCCUCGUCGUGCGCGCCUCGCUCUGCUGCGACGACCGCGCCGACCUCCUGCCGGACCUCAUCCGCGCGCUCAAGGCGCUCCGCCUGCGCGCGCUCAAGGCCGAGAUCACCACCCUCGGCGGCCGUGUCAAGAACGUGCUCGUCGUCACGGGGGAUGACAGCGCCGGGUGCGCGGGGACCGACGGGGACCAGCAACAGCAGCAGGAGGAGGCGCCCAUGUCUCCGCAGCACACGAUCGCGUCCAUCCAGGACGCACUGCGCGCUGUCAUGGAGCGCACGGCGUCGUCGACCGCCGAGGAAUCGGGAGCAGCGUCAUCAGGCGCUGGGCUCAAGCGGCAGCGCACGACGAGCCUCUCGGCGAUUCUAGAGAACAGGUCUAUCUAAGCUAACAUCCACUUGAUGAGAUGUGCAAGAUGAAACGAAAACAACAGUAAAAACAACACCACAAUAUCUCAUAGUUGAUCAUAAUACGGUGCAACUAGCUAGCUAGCUACUUACUAUGGAUCAUGCAUGUUUGCCAAGUACGACUAUUUUUUUAGUUUUUUUUCAUUUAUUUAUAGUCUUCCCCUCUGUGUGUGUUGAUCUCAAUUGGUGGAAUGUAUCUGCAUGCAUAUGGGAUAUCUCAGCAAUCAAUACAAGGUUUUCCUUUCUCUUUAGCAGCAGAUCAUCGGGUCUCAGCUGGACUACCAUUUGCAGACCUUUCGAUAAGUUAGAUUAGCCUGU